GCUUCGACGGGACUGGAGGCGGAUCUCGAGGGCGAAAGAUGGCGGAGCAGCAACGGAGGAAGCUCGAGCUUCUCGACCUUCCAGAGGACGUGCUGGACCUUAUCAUGCGGCACGCAAUAGCGCGUGGACCAGCAACAACCUAUCCACCACCUCAGCCAUCGGGAUGCUCGUACGACGACGCGACCUUUUCGUGGGCAAGGACACAUAGCUGGCCGGCGCCGCCAGCCGAGCAAAGCCUCGUUGCGCUGGCUUCAACAUGUCGAAAGCUGCGACAUCUUUCCAAGCCACUCUACUGGAGAGCACCCAACAUAUCGACGAUUGUCAGCGCGAAUCGAUUAGCGGACGCCAUAAGGUCCUCUGCCGGGUCAAGCGAGGCGCCAUGCCAGUUCAUACGACACUUGCAUAUCCCUAACGACGGUCUCUUGCUGGGCAAGAAGGACGUUCUGGCAGAACGGGUUCAUUGGAGUGCCUCUCUUCAGACGAUACUCUCGAGCUGCACCAACCUCCAGACGAUCUUCCUUGCAACGAUGCCGGGUGGAGAUGCCUUGACAAAUUUCCUGAGUACCGACAUCGAAGCGAGACCAAAGAGGAUAACGUUCAGCUGUCUGAGCUCCGCUGAGCCUUCGUUUCACAAAGUGCCGUUACAGGCAGCCUGCGGCGCAACACACCUGCAUUUCAUCCAGUCCUUGCCCUCCGGCUUCUUCCCUGCUCUCAUCGGCUACUUUUACCAGAGGAACGGACCUCUGCCCUCGCCGUCUUCGAUGUCGAAUUCGAAACUUGAAGAGCUGUUGGCGCAAGAGCAGCCCCGUCACCAUCCACUCGAGGUCGUUCGCUUCUCCCGGCUGAAUUACAACAUCCUUGAUACCUUUGCAGACAACAUGGCUCAUCGCCUCGCCUCAGCGCGCCGUGUCUCUUCCUCACCGGAGUCAGACAGCAACGAAGGAAUCUCACCUGCGGAGGCAGAUGCUCUUCUCCAGUCGCUUAAGCCGCUCCUCUCGACAUCAAAUAAGUCCGCUUCGAUGAGGUUAAGCAGUGAGAACGAGAGUCGACGAUUAGUUGAGAGCCGUCGAAGCCUCUGCGACCUUGCCUCAUUCCUCCCGCGCUACUUUCCCCACCUCAAGCUCGUCCUCAUCGAAUUGGGUCAGCUUGCGGAGCUGUCCAUGCCGGAACAUCUCGAGCCGCUCUCGUCCUCUCUGGCUCCGUCGACGCGGAGAGACCGCAACGGGACAUCAACGAGUGGCGUGGGAGCGCCCUUUGAUGAGUUGGCAGCGGGGACGGCAGGUGCACUUCAGACGGUCGACUUCCCAUCGGACGUGGCCUUGAGUGCGUCGGAGAUCGAAGUGUGGCGUGCCAACGAAGAAGAGAUUCGGUGCAAGGGACGUGAUGACUACUGGGACGCCGUUCGGCGCGGUAAAGAGGCCCUCGAACUCUGUCUGAAUUCCCGCAGACUAGGCAGAGGCGAGGCAGACGAACGAGUCGAAGUCAGAGUCGUAGCGGCGAGGCUGGGCGGGUGGGACAGAAACGAGUCUCUGGUCGACUUCUUUGCCAACACCGAGGCUUGCUCUCACUCGAGCCUGCAACACGUCGACAAGUCAGCAUUCAACGACCCAGACAUUUUCGAUUUGGCUGAGCGAGACGAAAACGAGCACGAGGCUCCACUGGGGUACAACUAUGCAGAGGUGCCAGGCACCGAGAAGAGGGUACCCUAUUGGACCGGAAUCCUACCUCGCUCAGCCAGGAGGCGGCGGCAAUUCAUGUAACCAUAGCAAGGACACAGCAUUCACAUCCAUUUGUUACAGUAUCUUUCCAUUUCUGAAGAAUAAAGG